CAUCAGAAACACAGAAGUUUCUUGUCAUUAGUUUACUUCCUGUCGACCUAAUGAAAAGCAACAUGCUUCAAAGGUGUGUUGUGUUGGUGCUUUCUGCCCUUGUUGCCAUUUCCCUCACAGCUCCAGUCGAAAGGGAGGCAGGCGAGGACGACAGAAGUGCUGUACUGCUGGCCCACCUGAACGAAAAGAAUGCAGGGGAACAGCCUGUGACCUCACAGCCAGAGGACAGCGAUGUUAAUAAGGCCCUGACUGACAGCACUGAAGGUCCCACAGACGACAGCAACGACUCUCAGGAACAAACUGAAGCUCCAACAGACUUAGAUGAGACAACUGAAUCACCAGCUGGCUCUGAGGAAAUCCAUGGAAAGUCCUCGGUGAUGGAUGACGCUGAAGAUGAAGCUGUUUUAGAUGAAAGUGAUGGGCCAACUACGGUGGUGGACAGCUUUGAAGCAGGUUCAGAUGAAGGCGAUGAGACAACUACCACGGUGGACAGCUCUGAAGGUGACAGCACUGUGGAUGAUCCUAAAGAAACCGACGGCCUCCCAGAAUCAGACGAGAGCUUUGACAGUUCAGAAGAAAUGGAUGGCACUUCCAAGGAUGGCUCUGAAGAUGUGAAAGAUUCUGCUGACACAAGUGAAGCUGACACAAGUGAAGCUGACACGUCUGAAGAUGUGAAAGAUUCUGCUGACACAAGUGAAGCUGACACGACUGAAGAUGUGAAAGAUUCUGCUGACACAAGUGAAGCUGACACGACCGAAGUUCUCACAGAAUCAGAUGAGCUAUUUAAAGAUGGUCCAGAUGACAAUGAUGAGUUGGAAGCAUUGUUGAGAGGAGAUGAUGUCAAAGAUUCAGCGGAGACAAUUGAGGUUUCAGUGUCCUCCGAAUCAGAUGAGAAUGAAAAGGACACCACACCAGAUCCAAGAGGCUUGAAGGCAGACGGCCCUAAUGAUGACGAUGAAAGCGCUCUUGAAGCAACUGAAGAUGUGAGCCUGGAGACGUCCAUGGAAGUUAAAGCCGAUGAAGAUGAAUCUGAGUCAACAGAGACCCCACAAGGUGGGCAGAAUGAGGAGUCUGAUGAAGAGAUCUUGGGGAAUGGUGCAGAUUCUGAGAGUGAUGAGGCUGGCUUUGAUUCUUUGAGCACUGAAGUUGUGAAGACUGAUGACGCCGUCCGAGACUCUGAUAGUGAGUCUGAUGAAACCAGAGAAGUCAAGGAAGAAGAACUCAGUGAUACAGACCUGAUGGAUGGGGAUGAGUCACUGAGCGAGGAGCCAAAUGAGGAGGAUUUUUGGAAAGAGGAGGGAGAUGAAAUAAGCUCAAAACAGGCAACAGUGGAUUCAGAAUCAGAGGAGGAGGAAGUCAUCACUGAAGACACAGAGGCCGGUGACAGUUUGAGUGAAGAGGACACUGAGGCCACUAAGAAGGUGGACAAUGAAGGCGAAGCUGGGAGCGAUGACUUUGACGAUGAAAAGGAGGAGGAGGAGGAGGAGAUCCGCCAGCUUGAGACAGAAACUGUGGAACCCGAAGAGCAGAGUCGGGAAUCUCCUGAAGUGACACCUGCUGACCAGGUGGACCAGCCGGACCAGGGCACCGCUGCAGCUCCAGACGCCAAGAGUUAGACGUCCAGCCCCUGAACUGUGGACGCUCUCAGACGCCAGAACCGAGCCCAGGGCCUCCACAGAUGAAUACAGUUGCCAUGACAACAACAAACUAAACUGAUUCUGCUUGUUCUCCCUCCCUACCCUGCUCCUCGUUGUUCUUGUGUGGUUUUCAUGCUGAUUUAGUUGUCGUCAAAGAGCCUCAGAAAGACAUGUGUCCUCCUCCGAUCUCCUAGCUGCGUCUCUCAGACGUGUCCUUUUAACUGUUACUCCAUCUCCUGCUGUCUGUUUACAGAAGAAUUAAACCAGCUGCUGAUGUCUGAUCUGCUCUAUGUGUCUGAUUUCACACCGUAAUGUGUACAUACCACCCAUCUUUUACUUGACUAACAUGGAUCAUUAUUUUUAAAAGGGAAGCGAGGGAUGACCAGAGUUAAUAACUGUGCACAAGAAAUGGCUAAUAAAAAAAGUGUCACAGUGUUUGUUUCAAUGUGUAACAUGCUGCAGUUGCAGUCUUUUCUCCUUGUUUGAUGAUCUGCAGAUAUAGAUUUCAAGAAUCAUCAGGUCUGUGGUAAUAAGUUUAGUUCAGCCAUUAAUUCAUAGUAAUGAUGAAUACAUUUUUUUUCCAGGACAGGAGAUUCUGAACAGAUGUUUUAGUUUAAAUUUGAAUCAAGAAGUCAGAUUCUGUCGCACCGUCACAGUUGUGGCUUUGAUGCAAUUAGAGCUUGUUCAUUUAUCAUACACUAAUCUUUCCAUGCAUGAAUUAAUACAAAUCAAAGUUGUUAUUAUUGUUUAAAUAUGAUUAUUUACUUCAUGUCAUGUUUGAGUUAUUUUCUUUAUGUUCAUAUUUCUGAACAAGUUCCUGAUGUGUCCACUCCUUCUGACGGUGUUCAGUCUUUUCACAACCUCAAAUUGUAUUUUUGCCAUUAUGUGUGUUUAUCCUUCUGUGAACAGAAUAAAAAAGAAUCCAACAAUU